CCGCAAACCAAGCUUCACCCGCACUUCAACCACAAGGCACCGGUACAGGCAAUUGUACAGUACACCACCUACGCCAGCGUCAGGGCCUGCCACCAUCCACACCAUACCCAACACUCCCAUCACAAUCACCUUCAACAUUCCAUAAUCUCAGCACUCUACACCCACGCCGCCAUCAUGUCCGAAAAUAGCUCCUCCGACCCCCCACCAGGCUCAGUAAACAUCGCCUCCCUCUCCGUGCCCCAACUCCGCGCCCUGCAGACCCGCCUCUCCUCGGAGCUCGAGCACCUGACGACUUCGCACGCCAAGCUGCGCGCCGCCCAGCUGAAGUUCCGGGACUGCGUGCGCUCCAUCAACGAGGGGGUGGUGGGCUCGGCUAAGAAGGGCACCGCGGGCGGCCCGGAGCAGGAGAUCCUCGUGCCCCUGACGAGCUCGCUGUACGUGCGCGGCAGGCUGGCGGAUCGGGAGAAGGUGCUCGUCGAUGUCGGGACGGGGUUUUAUGUGGAGAAGACUGCUCCCAAAGCCAUCGAGUUCUACGAGAAUAAGGUCAAGGAUCUGGAGACCAACCUCACCGAAUUGGAGAAGAUUGUACAGACCAAGAGUCAGCAGCAGAGGCUUUUUGAAGACGCUUUGAGACAGAAAUUGCUGGCCGAAGGGGCCGCAUCCUCCGCUUCCGCUACCGCCGGUGCAGGUUAGUUGGUAAGCCACUUGUAUUAGGUACAGAAACAAAGCAAAGAACAAAAAAGGCAUUAAUCAACACCCUUGCCAUGGCAUUGAAACAACAUUCUGAAAAGAGAACGUAGCUCUCCAUACUACCCCGAAGGGCAGGCUUUCUGGUGACUUAGAACAAAGUCCCGAGGUCUGCAUCUAGAGCCCUAGCAUUGCCGCUGGAGGCUGGGCUUGCCGAACGACCAUCAGCCUUAG